UUACAUAUUUAUCUCCUUUAUCUUAUAUUUUUUUAUUAGGACAGAAACCAAAUCAGAGAAUUACAUCGCGUGCAGAAAAGCAAAUGCUACAAUUGCAGCUACGGCAGCGUGAAUUAAAGCAAGCAGCUCUAAAUGCAAAGAAAGAUGGAGAUAUGGAUUUGGCACGUGACUAUCUAAGACAAGCGAAAGGGAUACAGCCUUUAAUCGAAGCUAGCAAAGCUGGCUUGCCGGUCGACAUGACUUCAAUCCCAUUAUCUCCUCUUGAAAAAGUAGAACUCAGUUCAUCACAAAAGGAUGAAAAUUUCAUUUUAGUAUCCUCCGAAGAUUUCUUGGAAGGUUUGAAUGGAACAGAUGAUAAAAUUUAUGAAAAUCUUGAAGCUCAAUUAAUUAAACAAAUUAAGUGGUGUUUGUCUACACGAGAUCACUCAAAAGCACUGGGAGAUGUUCCCGGAUAUAAUAGAUGGGAGCGACUCGCACUGAGCUACACGCGAGAUUUAGAUAUGCUGAGAGUCCGAAAACGUGAUUCACUGCCACCACCGCAACAUCAUUAUGAAACAAAAACCUAUCAAAUAGUACAGAGUUGCACGGAUUUAAACGAUAGUGAUAUUGAAAUUUCUAUAAUUAGAGGAAUCAAUUAUUCUCGAGAAGCAGACACUUAUGUGAUGUGUGAAUUUCCAUUUCCAUUGGAUAAUCAUCCCAUAGAGAGGACAUUGACCAUCAAAGAUUCUGCCAAUCCUGAAUAUCAAGGUGUAUUCUUGCUAAAUGGCAUAAUAAAUCGUACUUCUAGACAAUGCCAGAGAGCUUUUAAACGACACGCCUUGAAGUGUGAAAUUUGGACGAAAGGGUAAUUUCAUAUUUAUAUUUAA